AUGAACUUCCUGAUGAGAGAUCCAGUCAUACAGGGAUCAAGUAUGGCAUAUCAUCCGUUUAUACCUCACCGGGGUCCGGAAUUUGCCAUGAGUGCAAUGCUGGGUCACCAGCCUCCUUUCUUCCCGGCCCUGGCUCUCCCUCCCAGCGGCUCCCUCUCUCUGCCGGGCGCCCUGGGAAAGCCGAUCAUGGACCAGCUAAUGGGAGCCGCGGAGACCGGCCUCCACUUCUCCUCGCUGGGGCAUCAAGCUGCGGCCGCCCACCUCAGGCCUCUCAAGACUCUGGAGCCUGAGGAGGAGGUGGAGGACGACCCUAAAGUUCACCUGGAAGCCAAGGAGCUUUGGGAACUCUUCCACAAGAGAGGCACCGAGAUGGUGAUCACAAAAUCCGGAAGGCGGAUGUUCCCCCCGUUCAAAGUGAGGUGCACUGGUCUGGACAAGAAGGCCAAAUACAUUCUCUUGAUGGAUAUAGUUGCAGCCGACGACUGCAGGUACAAAUUUCAUAACUCCCGCUGGAUGGUGGCAGGGAAGGCCGACCCCGAAAUGCCAAAGAGGAUGUACAUUCACCCGGACAGUCCGGCUACUGGUGAACAGUGGAUGUCAAAAGUCGUCAAUUUUCACAAACUCAAGCUGACAAACAACAUCUCCGACAAGCAUGGAUUUACCAUUCUUAACUCGAUGCACAAAUAUCAGCCUCGAUUUCACAUUGUGAGGGCCAACGACAUUCUCAAACUCCCGUACAGCACCUUCAGGACUUAUGUUUUUCCUGAAACGGAUUUCAUUGCCGUGACCGCUUAUCAAAAUGACAAGAUAACCCAGCUGAAAAUUGACCAUAAUCCAUUUGCCAAAGGAUUCCGUGACACGGGCAAUGGGAGACGGGAAAAGAGGAAACAGCUGGCUCUGCAAUCCAUGCGUUCAUACGAGGAGCAGCAGAAAAAGGAGAACGGGGCUUCAGACGACUCCUCUGGAGAGCAGGCUUCCUUUAAGUGCUUCGGCCAGGCCUCGUCCCCUGCCGUGUCUACCGUGGGCCCCCCACACCUGAAAGAUUUCUGCGACAGCGAUGAGGACAGCGACGAUGAGAGCAAAGAUGGACACAUCAAAGAUGGUCCGGACUCCAGCAAGAUUUCCACGACCACGGAGGACGGGAAGGAUCAUGAGGCGAGCCCAGCUAAGGGGCAUCCCUUCAGUAACAGUGACUCUACCAGCAGGAUCCGCGACAGCGGCCCUAGGACUGAGAAAAGCCAGGCAGACUCGCGGCAGAGCCCAAUCACCGUCAUCUCCAGCACCACCCGCUCUGGAGAAGACGUCAAGAGCCCGAGCCUGGACCAGCCCAAAACGGACGAGUGCAGGUCAAUAAGCAAGGACAGUUUCAUGCCUUUGACUGUUCAGACUGACAGCGCGCACAUAGGCCACAGCCACUUGCAUAAUUUUGGAUUUCCAACAGGUCUAACAGGACAACAGUUUUUCAAUCACUUAGGGAGCGCGCAUCCGUUUCUCUUGCACCCCAGUCAGUUUAACAUGGGAGGUGCAUUCUCAAACAUGGCCGCGGGCAUGGGACCCCUAUUGGCAGCUGUGUCCACGGGAGGGGUGAACACCAUGGACACAACUAGCAUGGCAUCAUCACCGCAAAGCUUGACGGGAGCACCAGGCCUGCCCUUUCAUCUGCAGCAACAUGUCUUGGCAUCACAGGGCAUCGCCAUGUCUCCGUUUGGCGGUUUGUUCCCCUAUCCCUACACGUACAUGGCAGCAGCCGCGGCGGCCUCAUCCGCCGCUUCCUCGUCGGUGCACCGACACCCCUUCCUGAACGCAGUGCGCCCCCGACUCAGGUACAGCCCUUACUCCCUCCCCAUGACGGUACCGGACAGCACCCUGCUCACCACCGCCAUGCCCUCCAUGGCCGGCAGCGGGAGCGAGCUGAAAGGGGACGGCAUUGUCCCAGCCAGCCCAGUGUCUGCUGUCACCCUGGAUUCCACAUCGGAGGUGACCAGCCACUCGUCCACCAUAUCCUCCGGCUCGGUUUCCAUGUCCCCAAAAACUUGCACGGAGAAGGACGCCGCCAACGAGCUGCAGAGCAUCCAGCGCCUGGUCAGUGGACUGGACUCAAAUCAGGACAGGCCACGGAGCGGGUCCCCCUAG